AUGGCGAAGCGUUCUAUCCCCUUGCUCAUGGCAAUGGUCUCCAUCCUUCUCACAGCCAUAGCCACCACCCGGGCCGCGAGCCUUGCCCCAGCAGCCGAUGACCGGAACUCAAGAAACAUGCCAACCGCGUAUGAAAUGCUAGGGCGGUAUGGCUUCCCACCUGGCAUCCUCCCGGAAGGCGUGCAGGGCUACGAGCUCCGGCCAGAUGGUUCCUUUGAGGUACACCUCUCUAACGACUGCAAAGUCCGCAUCGCCGGGCAUAACAUCCAGUACAGUAGCCGGAUCGCCGGGAAGAUCCAGAACGGCUUGAUCACGGGCCUUGAGGGCGUGAAGGUGAAGAUCUUUAUUCCGUUUAUCCGCGUUCGGGGCAUCCGCCGCAACGGCAACGAUCUCAGAAUCCACGCCGGGAAGAUAACCAAGUCAUUCUCGGCCAACGAUUUCUGCUUCUCCCCACGGUGCAACUGA